UGCAUUCGCAGGAUAACGUGUGAGGUACGAGCGAACUCCUUCGCCAACCUAAAAAAUUCAAUAUCAGAACAUAUAAUAUUUAAAAAAAAAGAAAAAACAUAUACAUCAAAUUUGCUACACCAAUGUGAAAUGUAUAAGUAAAAUAACAUGUUGUCAAGAGAUGCACGUAACAUUGAUGGAAGCGUUGUAGCUUCCACAGUUGUGAACAUGAAUAUUUUGAAACAAAUGGAAAAUGAUCUUGAUAUGGAUGAAAAAAUUUCUAUAUUAUUUUUGAUGAUGGAAGAUUAUAAAAAUGAAGAUUAUAUCUCUUUCAUUAUUAAUCUCUUUCAAAAGUCAAAAUUAGAAAACAAUACUUAUAUGAUUACAGAUUUUGUAAAGACUUAUCCAAAAGAUUGGGAAGAUAAACUUUUAGAGGCAUUAAGUAUUUUAAACAAUCGAGAAGUGAUAAGAAAAUUAGGAUUAUCAUUUGAGAACUUAGAACUGUCAUAUGUCCCAAAAGUAGGGAUGUGUGUAAGAAAUAUAAAUGUAAUUGCAAAAUGCUUAUACAAAGUAUGUGAAUCUUUGAGUGAGGAAGAACAAAGACAAUUAUUAAACUGUGUUAAGUCUGAAAUUUCUAAUUACGAAUCUGUGCUGGACAAUGUAAAUUAUCUUGAGCUACACAUCCUUUAUUGGAUAAAAAUUGGAUAUAUUAACAUUACAAAUAAAAAGUAUAACAUGGAAAAAUUACUGAAACAUUUGCACAAAUUUAAAGACAUUAAGUUAAAAAGUCUUUGUUUAGAUUUGGAAAAAAUGUCGCAUCCUUCCCAUGUUGUCGACACUCAUAAAACUUUCAAUACAAAUAAUAAGAAUUGUCAAUCACUUUCUUCUUUUGAAGAACCAUCUGAUACAGAAAUACAAUAUAAAAAAAGAGUUCGGCCUAUCAACAGCGGAUUGUGUAUUGUUAUUAAUCAGAUACAUUUUAGACAUGAGUAUAAACCACGAUUUGGUGCUGAAGCAGACUGUAACAAUCUACGUGAAACAUUGAAAGAUUUUGGAUUCAGAGUUGUGAUAUUCAGUGAUUUAGUUGAAGAAGAAAUGUUAGAGAAAAUAAAGAAUAUUCCACAAGAAUAUGGUAAUAAAUACGAUUGUUUGUUUCUCUGCAUUUUAAGUCAUGGAUGUAAAGGUAGCAUAAUAUCAGCAGAUGAGAAAGAAGUUCCAUUGGAGGCAAUUGAAAAAGCGGUUUGUUGCAUCGAAUUGAAAGAUGUCAUAAAAAUUGUUAUCAUUCAAGCUUGCCAAGGGAAUACACUUGGGAGUAAAACUAAAGAUUUGGUAAAAGAUGGGAACGGAGUAAUAGAAUCUCCCGUAUACAUAAGCUCAUUGGAAAAUUUCUAUAUGUUUAUGUCGACGAUACAAGGUUUUGCAUCAAUACGUCAUACCGAGCAAGGUUCGUGGUUUAUACAAGAAGUUUGUAAAACCCUUAGAACUCAUGGAGAUCAGCUUCCUUUCUCUGACUGCGUCAGAGAAAUAAUGAGAUCCAUGAGACACAAAAAAGGGAUAAUGGACGGAGUUCUGAUCACUCAGUUGUCAGAGAUACGCCAAGAUCGUUUGCUGUCGGACUUUCAAUUAAAAAGAGUAUCUAAUUUAUCUUUGAAGUAACAAUAUCGUUUGUGCAUUAUAUAUCUGUAUAAUCCUCUUUUAAGUGGAUUAUAUGUAAACGAUUUUUAUAUUAGCUUUUAAACUAAAACCUUUUGUACUAACUUUUGACAAACUUUUUACGAGACAAAUAUUGCAAUGCAAUAAGUUUACACACAGUGAAAAAAAUUCUGUACGUAUAAGAUAUAACUCUCAAAGUAAAAAUAUUUUAACUAAAUUUUAAUCUGUCAAUUUAUGGAUUUUGUUUAUUCAUAUGUAAUUUUAUUUUCUUAUUACAUUUCUAAGUAGUUUAUUUUACUACAUAUAAUUUUUAAAAUUAUACAUUUAUUAAAAAACUAUAUUCUCUACACGAACAAUAUAGAAAAAUAUGUUGUGUGAACUGCUAGCUUGUGAAUUUUGUUCGAGGAUUGUGCAAAAAGAAUGUCGUACGUGCUAAUAAUAUUCAAGAAAUGUGUUUGUAUAAGAUUAUAUACAAUAUGUGUUAAAUAACUUUAUAUACUAUAUAUA